AAGAGAAAGAAAUGGAAAAGUGGCGAAGGCAGAAAUAAUAAAAAAAGAUGAAUAUCAAUUUAAAUUAAUCCAGAGUUUAACUACUUUAUUUUAUCACCUCCAAGCUUUUCCACUCCUAUAGGACCCCACAGGUUCUAUAAUUCUUGUUCUUUCCUCUUCUGUCAAGAUCAAAAGAACUCAACUACCAAAACAAACACCCCCCUCCCCCUCCCCACCAGGCCACCACCACCUCCAGGAAUCUCUGUUGAGUCUGCCAAAAUUCAAUGGAAGAUUACAACAGAUCAAGAUCAUACGGAAAUGGGAUGAUGCAGCUGGAUACCUACCAUGGACCACCUAGGCCUUCAGCUUCUUAUGAUCUCAGGUGCUAUAGUGCUUCCUAUGCACAGUCCCAGAUGGCUAACAACUAUAGCACAGGCAACAACAGGGACUUCAAGUUGAAGAAAGGGAAGAGUACUUCUGGUUCAUCUUCUUCAAAGUCAUGGAGCUUGGCUGACCCUGAGUUCCAGCGGAAGAAAAGGGUUGCUAGUUACAAGAUGUAUAGCGUGGAAGGUAAGGUCAAGGGGUCCUUGAGGAGGAGCUUUAGGUGGCUUAAAGAUAAGUACACACAAGUUGUCUAUGGCUGGUGGUGAUUUGGGCAGUUGGGCUCUUGUUAUUUGUUGCUCUUCUCUUUAUGUUUUUCUUGCUUGUAUCCAAGGUAUGUGUGAAAAAAAAUUUCAAUUUUUGUGUUAAAAGGAAGAUUUUCGUUAAAAAUUCUUGAUGUGGUUGGCCACAUGUGGGCUAGCUUGAUUGUAAAUUUGGUUACUGCUGCGCUAUAACCUGCAAACAAUUUUCUGGGAGUAUAUUUACAUGUUGGUUCCUUUCAAAAUUCUUGGUGAUCUCAUUAUCAUAAGGCGUUGACCACCUAGUUUGGAGGGUUCUUUUGUAGUCUUAUUCUAUGUAUUGAAUCGUUGAUUAUUUCACCAGUUUAUCAACAAAAGGGAUCGGGUUCAUUUUGCUAUAAUUAUUGUCAGUAAUAACUAUCUUUGCUCUUUAUUCGCUGGCGAAGGGAGGUUUCUUUGAGUAGCUUUGAUCAUAGUCUUCUUCCGCAGGUCUUGUUCAAGAAACUUUCUUCAUCUGUAUUGUCUUAAGGGUCAGCAUUUGAUGCCUGAUUGUUCUAGAGAAUAAAUCUACUUUAGAGCCUCAUUUGAUCAAUUUGAGCUUUUAGCUUUGCUUGUUGGUCUUCCAUUACUAUGAUGAGUCAUGGCAUAUCUGUGCAUGGACUGUAUGGUUUCUUGUUUCACUUUUUAUGGAUCAACUUUUAGGCCUUGUUACUAGGCUUAUAAGGAAGUAUUGAUCUUCUAAAGCUUAUGCAGCGUUUGUAACUUUUAAUCCCAUUUUUUGGGUAUAAAUGAUGCGUAAUCUUUGUAACUA